GCAGCGCGAGCCGCCCGGGGCGCCCAGCCAGUCUCCACCGCGCCCGGCUCCACUCGCGUCUCUCGCCCGCCUGCUCGCCUCCCUCCUUCUUGCGCUCGCCGUCCGUCCCGUCGGGCCCCGCCAGCCGCAGCCAUGGAAGCCAUCAAGAAGAAGAUGCAGAUGCUGAAGCUGGACAAGGAGAACGCCAUCGACAGAGCCGAACAGGCCGAAGGCGACAAGAAGCAGGCCGAGGACCGCUGCAAGCAGCUGGAGGAGGAGCAGCAAGGGCUGCAGAAGAAGCUGAAGGGGACCGAGGAUGAGGUGGACAAGUACUCGGAGGCCGUCAAGGAGGCGCAGGAGAAGCUGGAGCUGGCCGAGAAGAAGGCGGCCGACGCGGAGUCUGAUGUGGCCUCCCUGAACCGCCGGAUCCAGCUGGUGGAGGAGGAGUUGGACCGAGCCCAGGAGCGCCUGGCCACUGCGCUGCAGAAGCUGGAGGAGACGGAGAAGAUGGCUGACGAGAGCGAGAGAGGCAUGAAGGUCAUUGAGAACCGAGCCAUGAAGGACGAGGAGAAGAUGGAGCUGCAGGAGAUGCAGUUGAAGGAGGCCAAGCACAUCGCGGAGGAAGCUGACCGCAAAUACGAGGAGGUGGCUCGGAAACUGGUGAUCCUGGAGGGGGACCUGGAGCGCUCGGAGGAGAGGGCGGAGGUUGCAGAGAGCCGCAUGAGGCAGCUCGAAGAGGAGCUCCGCACCAUGGAUCAGGCCCUCAAAUCCCUGAUGGCUGCCGAGGAAGAGUACUCCACCAAGGAGGAUAAAUAUGAGGAGGAAAUCAAGCUUCUAACAGACAAGCUCAAGGAGGCUGAGACCCGGGCAGAGUUUGCUGAGAGGUCUGUGGCGAAGCUGGAGAAGACCAUCGAUGACUUGGAAGACGAAGUCUAUGCCCAGAAGAUGAAGUACAAGGCCAUCAGCGAGGAGCUGGACAAUGCCCUGAAUGACAUCACCUCCCUCUGAGCCCCAUGGCGCAGAUCCCCUCCCCCCCGCCUGCCUGCCCCCCUCCCCAUCUCUUCACCUGUCUGUCUGUCUGUCUGUCUGUCCUCCCUCUGGCUGCUGCCUCUGCCUGCCCCUCUGGUCCCAGAGUGCUCCCUCCUUCCCGCGUGUACUUAGUGGAAGCUGGGGGGUGGGGAGGGAGUGUCAGCACCCCCUUGGCUAGGGAGAAAGGGGGUGCUCCCCCACCUGCUGCACCGUGAAGAGGAGGGGGCUCGGUCCAUGCCACAAGUGCCUUCCAAGGGAGCUGCUGGGGGCAGGCUCCCGUCCAGCCUUAUUCCGGGGGGGGGGGAGGAGAGGGGAAGGGCUGGCGGAGGCUGUUGCCUUUGUCUACUCAGGGUGCCCCAUGGAUGGCGGGUGUGUGGAAUGAGAGUCUGGCUUCAGCAGGCCGUGUUGCCCAGGCAGGACACCUUCAGGCCCCGCUGUGUGUCCCGCUGCACCCCCCUCCUGUGAUCUGCCCGCGUCACUCCCGCCAUGGUGCAUUUCAUGACUGUUCAGUUCUCCUCCUCCUUCUUCAGUCUCUGGGUAAUAAACACUCUCUGCCGCA